GCUGGACCCGACGUCGAGGUGUCACGGCGAUAUUUCGUGUGGUUAGUUGGCGCGCGGGGCCCCGGUGACUGGGACGGCCAAGACAGACGCUCCGUAUCAAAGAAGAGACAAGAGACAGGGCCAAACGAACAGGAUACGUUAUAAACGGAGCGACGACCACACAGUGACGACGACCACGACAAAGACGAUCGAAUAUCAAAGAAAUUUCUCUCUUUUUUUCCCCACUCGUUUCUUUCUCUCUCUCUCUCUCUCUCUCUCUCUCUUUUUUCUACGUUCGUACGCGUAAUUUCACUUCGACUUUCGAGAAUCAAAGUGCGCGAUCGACGAGCCGCGAGCUCGACCCACUCGAGCCACAGAUCCACGUUAAAUCCCCCCAAGGUGCCUGCAAUCGAGGAUUUCUAACGCCGGCACGGCCAUCGACGGACCGUAUUUACUCGUCUAACUAUUUGGAUAUUUCACCGCUCGCUUCAAAUUUGACGAGGAUCGUCAUCAGCGAGGGAAGGAGGCUAACGGUUGGAUGGUGCCGCGGGUCGGCGCCGUUUAAACCGACUCGAAGCGGAUAGACGAGAUUUGUCGGCAAGCAACGAAAAGAAGCAAAGAACCGAGCGAGUCCUCGAUUUCUAAGGCGAGAGGGUGGCGCGCCACCCGAGAAAUUCGCGGUAAAGGGAGGAGGGGCGAAGGCGACCCAACACCAUGGGGGUCGCCGACGAUUUCGCGCCGAGCUUCACCCAGAAGCCGCAACUAAGGCAGGAGGACGAUGGGAACCGGCUGAUCUUCGAGUGUCAACUGAUCAGCGCGCCUAAACCCGAGAUAUCGUGGUAUCGAGGCGAGACAGAACUCAGCGCAGAUGCGAGGACCAAUUUCAGGAUGCAGAGCAUCGGGACGAACAAGUUCCUGGUCGUUCUGGAGCUCGACGACGUUAUCGAGACCGACGCUGGCCUGUACAAGGUCAAGGCCAAGAACAAAAUGGGCGAGGUCGCGGCUUCGAUCAACCUGAAUUUCAGCCCUGUCGACGAGCCUAGAGAGAAACAAAUCGAUGGAAUCGCGCCAACUUUUGCGAAGAAGCCUGCUAUCAGACAAGAAGACGACGGUAAACGAUUACUUUUCGAAUGUCGCAUCACGGCUGAUCCCACGCCAAAAGUAACGUGGUUUCACGAUGGAAGUUUGGUUAAAGAUUCGCCGAGGCACAAGCUAACCGUCGAUAAAGAUGGCCACUCGUACUUUGCGACCCUGGAAAUCAAAAACGUGACCGUCGAGGAUGCUGGUAAAUAUAAGGUCACGGCGAAGAACGAGCUCGGCGAAUCCAACGCCACUAUUUCCCUAAACUUCGAUAGCGACGAGGCGCCCGUACCUGACGACGGUAUUAAACCGACCUUCACCGAACGACCGGUGAUAAGGCAAUCCGACGACGGUAACACCAUCACCUUCGAAUGUCGAUUAGUCGGCGACCCGAAACCGAGUGUCAAGUGGUAUCACGGUAGCGAAGAGGUGAAAGAAGGAGGAAGAUACAGCAUGUCGCUGGAACUCGAUCAGAAGCUGUACCAUCUCGCGAGGUUAAAGAUCGACAACGUGGCGAAAGGCGACGCAGGCGAAUACAGAGCCGUCGCGAAGAAUAAGCACGGCCAGGGUGUGGCCACCAUUAACUUAAACUUCGAGGGGGGUGACAAGCUAAAAAUACCAGACGGUAAACCACCGCGUUUCCCAAAGAAGCCAACUAUUCGACAAGAGGGAGACGUUUUGAUUAUGGAGUGUAUCUUGGAAGCUCAUCCGGUACCGGAUAUAACGUGGUACCAAGGCCAGAAAGCGAUCGCCGACAGCAAACGCGUGAAGAUGUCACGCAAGGCAACCGGAAAGGACGCGUAUUUGCUCACGCUCGAGAUAUCGAAUCCGACGAAGGCCGACGGCGGAAAUUAUCGAUGCAACGCGUUUAACAACUUUGGCGAGAGUAACGCCAACAUCUCGCUCAACUUCCAAGAAGAAGGACCUGGUUUCGCGCCGACGUUCGUCGAGAAACCGCGUAUCAUUCCGAACGAAACCGGUACCUUGAUCACGAUGAAGUGCAAAUGCAAGGCGAAUCCAAAACCGGAAGUCACAUGGUUCCGUGGGACCAACGUCGUCAAGGAAUCUUCCAAGAUUUCGAUCAAGACGAAAACCGUGGAGGAAGACGUUUACGAAUUAAUCAUGGAGAUCAAGGAUCCUUCAGCACCGGACGGCGGUACUUACAGAUGUCACGUGAAAAACGAAUACGGCGAAAGCAACGCCAAUUUGAACUUGAACAUCGAAGCGGAACCAGAACCGGAAGGCGAUGGUCCGACGUUUGUGGAGAAACCGCGUAUUCAGUCGCAAAACCAGGGUAAACUUGUGAUCAUGGAUUGCAAGGUAAAGGCAAAUCCAAAGCCCGAGAUUGUGUGGACUCACGCCGGCAAGGUGGUGAAGGAGUCUUCGAAGAUCUCGAUCAGCGUCGUUAAAGAGAAGGAGGAUAUCUAUUAUAUCAAAUUGACUUUGAACGAUCCUGGCCCAGAAGACUCGGGCUUGUACAAGUGUAAUAUCAAGAACGAUCUUGGCGAAUUGAACGCCAAUCUGACGCUCAACGUCGAGAUUAUACCCGUGAUCAAGGAAAAGCCAAAGGUCAUAAAGAUCGUGAAGAAGAAGACGGUCAUUGUAGAGUGCCACGUGCUUUCCAAGUUUACGCCAGAUUGUACUUGGUUCAAAGAAACGAAGGCCGUGAAGGAAGACACGAGGCACAAAGUUCACAUCGAGCAAGUGAAAGACGGAGAAUUCGCUGUCAAGUUAGAAAUCGAGCAAGUAUCGGUUUCUGACAAGGGUGUGUACAAGUUAGUGGCUCGCAACGAGAAGGGAGAGGCAACGUCGCAGGUUGUAGAAGUGACGGAGAUUAUGGAAGAAGGAGAGAAACCGAAGAUUAAAUCCGGCUUGAAGUCUGCGACGAUCGAGGAGGGUAAAUCGAUCGAACUUGUCGCUAGCCUCUCGAAACAGGAUCGCAAAGUCACCGUUACGUGGUACAGAGAUUCCACGGUAGUCAAAUCCUCCAAGGACAUCAUGAUAUCUUUCAAUGGUACAGACAUGAAACUGACAAUCACGUCUGCCUCCACUUCGUACUCGGGAACAUACAAAGUAGUUGUUAGUAACGAAUUUGGUCAAGACGAAUCGUCGGCGCGACUAGUCGUCAAGAAAAAAGAAGAGAAGAAAGAGGAAGAAGAGGAAGAGAAGAAGGAGAAGAAGGUUGAAAAGAAAGAAGAGAAGAAGGAAGAAAAGAAAGAGGAAAAGAAGGUAGAAAAGAAGGAAGAGAAAAAGGAAGAAAAGAAAGAAGAGAAGGUAAAAAGCUCGAUCUGGUACGAUGACAAAAAAACCGUUCCCGACGAAGAAGAGGAAGAAGAAUACGAGGAGGAGGAGGAGGAGGAGGAGGAGGAGGAAGAAGUGGUGAGUGUAAUCGAGUCCAGCACCGCGGAGCCGAUUAUCGAGGAACCAGACUCGGAAACAAUUUCACAAGUAGAGGAUAUACCCGACAACAGACAGAACGGUAUCGACAAACCCAAGAAGAAACUGGAAGUUCUACAGAAGAAACCAGAAGAGAAAGUCGAAGAAAAGAAGGAAGUUGAAAAGAAAAAGAUUGUGAAGAAAGCAGAAGAAAAGAAGGAGGAACUUAAAGCAGAAAAAAUGGUAUCCCGUAAGCAGUCUAUUAGUAGAGUAGAAGAAAUACGAACAGAGAGUCGAAGAAGUUCUUUGGUAGCAACAGAAGAAAAGAUGUUCGAAGACGGCCGCAUAAUACCGCGUCGCUUAUCUAUGCAAAAGAUGGAAGCAGAGGUCACGUCAGAAAGCAGACGAUCUUCCAUCGUUGAAAAGAAGGUGACGACAGAAAAGAAAGAGGAAGAGAAACCAAAAUCUACCUCUCGCAAACUUGACGAAGCGAGCAAGAAAAAAGUACCGCUCACACGACGUAGGUCAUCGACAAAGUCAACAGAGGGGUCUAAGGACGAAGAACCUACGUUAGAUUCUAUACAAAAGGACAGUAUUUCCAACGGGACGAAGAAGCAGGAAGCCGUCACAAAAGCUAAAAUCGUUGGAAAGGAAGAAAAGAAGGAGGAACUCAAACCCACACCCAAAGUAGAAGAACCCAAGAAAACAGAGCCACCCAAAGCAAAGGUCACUCUCGGUAAACCCGAGGAGACUAAGAAAGAGGAACCCGUCGAAACGCAAACGAAACCCAAAACACCCGCUGAUAAACCCGAAGAGGCGAAGAAGGAGGAACCUGCUGUGAAACCUAAGGCCACACUUGGUAAACCCGAGGAGGCUAAGAAGGAGGAACCUGCUGCGAAACCUAAGGCCACACUUGGUAAACCCGAGGAGGCUAAGAAGGAAGAACCUGCCCUGAAACCUAAAACCACGCUUGGUAAACCCGAAAUACCAAAGGUAGAGGAACCGCUCAGAAAAGUCAGCCUGAAACCUACGACAAAGAUCGAGGAGGAAGCAAAGACGUUGAACAAAGUAGAACUGAAGAAAACUGAGAAGACGGAAAAGGUGGAAGCUAAGAAGACGAAAGUGAGAAAAGCCAGCAAGGACAAGGAUUACGAGCUUCCGGAGAUUCCAGAUUACGAGCGACCGGUUUUGGAGAAGCCGCAAGAAUUCGAAUUCGGGGAGUACGCGCCUCGAGAUAAAACCAAGUUGGACAGACCAGCCACGCAGAAGUUCGAUUCCAAGCCAAAGGUGCCAGAGAUCAAAGCACCCGAAGCACCGAAGAUCGAAGUUAUCAAAGACGUAACGCCGGUUGGAAGCAGAAGGAGUUCCCUGAUACCCGGCAGCGGCACAACCAGUCGACGGGGAUCCUUGAUACCACCCGAAGAAUUGGGUCGCAGACCCAGUUUGAUUAUCAGUGACGAGGAGAAUAGAAAGCUGCGACCAGGCGAGGUGGUGGACGAGCGCAAGCGUCGUCGUCCGAGUGCGGACGUCAGAAGACCCAGCGUGGCGGACCUCGAGAAUAAGAUCAAUCAGCCGAGCACACCUCUUCGAGAUGUCGGACCACCGGGACCACCUCAAAUCGUCGAUGUUCAGGAAUCAUAUUCCGCCGUCGAAGAUUCGACGGCGUAUCUCACUGUUGGGGUGGAAGGUACGCCUGCGCCGACCUUCAAAUUCUACAAGGGUAUCACCGAGAUCAUCGAAGGUGGCCGAUUCAAGUUCCUUACGGACACAGAGACCAAUACGAUCACCCUCUGCAUGAGGAAGACGAAGCCCAACGACGAGGGCACAUACAAGAUCGUCGUGAGCAACAUCCAUGGCGAGGACACUGCCGAGAUGCAGCUCUACGUUUCCGACGCCAGUGGUAUGGAUUUCCGUGCUAUGCUGAAAAAGAGAAAGUACCAGAAAUGGGCGAGAGAAGAGCAAGAACAGGAAAAGGUAGACUUAAAGGAAGUCGAGAAACCUUUGCCGGCUUUGAAAAAGUUGGAGAAGAAACAGGAAAGUUUCCUCAAACCACUGGUGGACCAAUAUGCCAAGGAAGGCAAAGACAAGAAGGUGGUCUUCGAGGCGAACUUCUCGAAACCGAACUGCAAACCAAAAUGGUUCUUCCGAAAGGACGAACUGUUCCCUUCGUCGAAAUACAAGUUCAAGAACGAGGAAGAUUGUUAUCAACUGAUUAUUAUGAAUCCCAAGGUCGAGGAUACCGGGAAGUAUAAAAUUGAAAUUUCAGGUAUCUCCAGCACAGCUUUCCUCAACGUUGAAGAACCAGACCCAACUUACACAUUUACGAAACCACUGGCUAAGAAAACAAGUGGUUACACUAAGCAUGAAGUUUACAUGGAAUGUACAGUUAGCUCCAACCUCGCCCAAGUUUCGUGGUACAAAGGAAAAACGAAGUUGGAGGAGGGCGAUACGUACAGUAUGUCGAAGGACAUGAACGGCGUUUGUCGAUUAACCAUAAAGAGCGCUACGCUUGAAGAUAGCGGCGAGUACAUUUGUAAGAUUAACAAACAAACCGACAAGACUGAAACGGUUCUAACUAUAGUUGAGUAUCCUUAUAAGUUCGUAAAGGUGCUCAAGUCCCAGCAGAUCGUAGAAAAGGAAACGUUAACGCUCGUCUGCGAGUUGGAUGACGCUGGUGGCGAAGUGAAAUGGUUCAGAGGUGACCAGGAGAUUGUACCUGACAAGAGGGUACAGAUCAAGGAAGAGGGCAGAAAGAGGAAGCUCAUCAUCAAGGAUGUAAAAGUCACAGAUGCCGGUCAAUACUCGUGCGUGAGCAACGCUGACAAGACUGAAGCCGAAAUAGUUAUAAACUAUGCGAACCGAUUCAACAAGAAGUUGAAGGACACGGUGGCAGUGGAAAGAGAAAAAUUGGUACUGGAUGUGGAACUUCAAGAUCAGACCGCACCUGCCAUCUUCUUGUUUAAUGGCCAAAAGAUCGAACCCAGUGAGAGGAUCGAGAUCAAGAACUUGGGUGGUGGCAAGCAUCAACUAAUCUUCAAUAGACUAGAAAUGAGCGAUGAUGGUGAAAUUACAUGUGAGAGCGGACAGUUAACGAGCAGCUGUAAACUGACGGUGAAGAAGGGCGAGAGUAAACCGAUCGUUGAAAUUCCCGAUAAGGUCGAAGGUCCUUGCAGCCAACCGCUUGUGUUCGUUGUUCCUUACAAGAUCGAAGGAACGAAACAGAGCCAGGUAGAAGCUAAACUGAUGAAAGACGGCAAACCAUUGCCGUUGAAGGAUGUAGAAAUAGUUGUAGGCGAAGACAAGAUCACGUUCAAGAUCAAGAAACCUUCUCAUGACCAAUCUGGAAUUUAUCAAGUAAAGAUUGGCAACAGCCAAGGAGAGGAAGUCCGUGAUGUGAAUAUUAAUAUGCAAGAUGUGCCAGCUCCGCCUACGGACGUUGACGUUACCGAGAUCUUCCAAGACUCUUGCGUGGUGUCUUUCAAACCAUCGAAAGACGACGGUGGAUCACCGAUCACGCAAUACGUGAUCGAACGUCUCGACCUCAGCAAGAAGGCACAAUGGGACAGUGUCGGCGAAGUUAUGCCUGGCGAGAAAUGCGUUUACAAAGUCAAAGACCUUGUAGCGAAAAAAGAAUACAAAUUCCGUAUCAGAGCGGUGAACAAACUUGGCUCCAGCGAACCCGCGAUGUUCGCCAAACCAGUACUCGCGAAAGAUCCAUGGGACGAGCCAGGUAAACCGACGGACGUGGAGGUGGUGGACUGGGACAAAGAUCACGCCGACUUGAAGUGGACGAAACCAGAGAGCGAUGGCGGAGCACCGAUCACGGGCUACAUAAUCGAGUACAAAGAGAAGUUCGGUAAAGAAUGGGUGAAGGGCAAAGAAAUCGAAGGAGACGUAACAGCAGCUACCAUCGACGGUCUGAAGGAAGGCACCCAAUACGAAUUCAGAAUCAGAGCCGUGAACAAGGCCGGACCUGGUGCACCUUCAGACGCUACGAAACCAAUUAUCGCCAAAUCCCGAUUCGUCAAACCGUACAUCGUUGGCGAUGGUUUGACCAAUCUCAUCAUAAAGAAAGGACAAGUUAUCAAAUACGAUAUUAAAUAUGCCGGUGAACCCGAGCCGGAAGUCCAUUGGUUCCUUGGACAAAAAGAAAUUGUUCAAGAUGCAGCUGAAAGAAUCACGAUCGAUAAAUAUGAAAGGAACACGGUGCUUACUGUUAGAAAAACGACUAGACCAGAUUCAGGCAAAUACAAGCUGGUUCUGACCAACAGCUCUGGAACCUGCGAGAGCGUCGGUGACGUUGUUGUACUCGACAAGCCGUCGAAACCAACUGGUCCGCUGAAAGUGGAAGAAGUCCGAUCCGAUCACAUAACAGUGAAGUGGCAAAAGCCGGAAGACAAUGGCGGUACCGAUAUUACCGGUUACGUUUUGGAAAAGAUGGAUAUGGACACUGGACGAUGGAUCCCUGCCGGAGAAGUCGGACCAAACGAUUACUCCUUCACCUUCGGUGGCUUGACUCCGAAGAAGAAAUACAAAUUCCGCGUGAAAGCUGUGAACAAGGAAGGUGAAUCCGAGCCACUGGAAGUCGACGAAGCUAUUCUUGCUAAGAAUCCAUAUGAUGAGCCCAGCAAACCUGGCAAACCAGAAAUCUUCGAUUACGACAACGUUAGCGUAUCCUUGAAAUGGCAGAAGCCUGAGAGCGACGGUGGCAGACCAAUCACUCACUACACCGUUGAGAUGAAAGACAAAUUUGCGGUGGAUUGGGUCGAGGUAACGAAAACCGCUGACGCCACUCCGGAAGUGAAGGUCGAAGGCCUGAAAGAGAAAAUGAUUUACCAAUUCCGAGUUCGUGCUCAUAAUAAAGCAGGCGCGAGUGAACCCAGCGAACCUACCGACAACCACCUCUGCAAACACAAGAACCUUAAACCAAGAAUCGACAGAACCAACUUCAAAUCCGUAAUCAUCAAGGCGGGACGUACGCACAAAUGGUCUGUGGACAUCACCGGAGAGCCACCACCAGAAAUUAAAUGGAUUUGGAGGGAUAACAUCCCUCUAACCAACACGGAACGCAUCAAGAUCGAUAACGUCGAUUAUCACACAGACUUUACGAUCGUGAACGCGAUGCGCAAAGACACCGGAAAAUACACUCUCAAAGUGGAGAACGCUAACGGAACGGACGAAGAGACUGUCGAACUUACAGUUCUCGGCAAGCCAGAAGCACCGAAGGGUCCGUUAGAAGUGACGGACAUUACAGCAACCUCGGCCAAGGUGAAAUGGGAGAAACCAGAAGACGAUGGCGGUGUCCCGAUCAAAGAAUACGAGAUCGAAAAAUUGGACACGAAAACUGGCAAAUGGGUCAGAGUGGGAAAAGUUCCAGGCAAUGCACCGAAUACGGAAUUCGAGGUGACUGGAUUAAAUCCAGGAGGCGAGUACAAAUUCCGCGUUACAGCUGUCAACGACGAAGGUGAUUCCGAACCACUUGAGAGCGAACGUCCGAUCAUCGCCAGAAAUCCAUAUGACGAACCACAUAAACCUGGAACACCUGAGAUAACCGACUACGACAAUGAGUCCAUAAGUUUGAAAUGGACUGCUCCGGAUUUCGAUGGUGGUGCACCGAUCGAGAAGUAUAUUAUCGAGAAGAAAGAUCGUUAUAAACCAGACUGGGAAAAAGCGAUGGAGGUACCUGGAAGUCAACUGGAGGCGAAGGUAGGUGAUCUGAAGGAGCGAGGAGAAUAUCAAUUCAGGAUUAUUGCUGUAAACAAAGCCGGACCAUCUCCGCCAUCAGACGCCUCGAAGAUGCAGAUAUGCAAACACAAAUCCCUGAAACCAAGAAUCGAUCGUACAAACUUGAAGCCUAUCACCGUACGAGCUGGCAAACCAAUCAAAUACGACGUGGACGUUCGCGGUGAACCACCUCCAGAAAUCACCUGGUAUCACAAGAACCAAGAAGUUAAAACUGGUGAAAAUAUCGAAAUCGUCAAUGUUGAUUACAACACGAAACUUAGUAUUACCGAUAGCGUACGUAAAAAUACUGGAGUGUGGAAGAUCAAGGCUGUAAACGCACACGGUGAAGACGAAGCCGAGGUCGAAAUUACCAUACUUUCGUCUCCUGGAAAACCAGAGGGUCCUCUGAAAGUGUCCGAUGUCACAAAGAGCGGUUGCAAAUUGAAAUGGGGAAAACCAGAAGACGAUGGUGGUAAACCUAUUACUGGGUAUGUAGUGGAGAAACUAGACAAAUCCACCGGAAGAUGGAUCCCGGUUGGACGCACUUCAGAUACCGAAAUGGACGUUAAAGGCCUCCAAGAAGGUCACGAAUAUGAAUUCCGAGUGAAAGCAGUUAACGAAGAAGGCGAAUCGGAACCAUUGGUCACUGAUAGCACGACCCUUGCAAAGAAUCCUUAUGACGUAUCUAGUAAGCCUGGUGUACCAGAGUUGGAAGAUUGGGACGUGGAUCGUGUCGAUCUGAAAUGGGAACCGCCAAAAGAUACGGGAGGUGCACCUAUUACGGGUUACAUAAUAGAAAUGAAAGAGAAACCAUCGACAAAUUGGGUAGAAGCUACGGUAACUCAAUCACCGCAACCAAAGGGGCGCGUCACAGGCCUUAAAAAGGGCUCUGUUUAUCAAUUCCGUGUGCGUGCCGUUAACAAAGCUGGACCAUCCGAACCAAGCGACUCAACCAAGCCACAUGUUGCAAAGGCGCGAUUCUUGAAACCACACAUCAACCGUGACAAAUUGCAAACGAUCAAAGUGAGAGCCGGCCAAACGGUGAAACUGGAAGUCGACAUCGAAGGUGAACCACCACCAACCGUCACCUGGAGCUUCGGUGGUGCAGAGCUGCAAACCGGAGCCAACGUGAAAAUCGAUAACGAAGAUUACCUGACAAAGAUUCAGUUGACCAACACUAGUCGCAAGCUCAGUGGCAAAUACACCAUCAAAGCUGUGAACGAUUCCGGACAGGACGAGGCUGACGUUGAAAUUAUGAUUCUCGAUAAGCCUGGAAAACCAGAAGGUCCGUUGGAAGUGACAGAUAUUCACAAGGAGGGAUGCAAAUUAAAGUGGAACAAACCGAGAGACGACGGUGGUUUGCCACUGUCUAAUUACUUGGUGGAGAAAAUGGAUACAACUACAGGUCGAUGGGUAUCCGCUGGGAUGGUUGAUCCUGAAAAAACAGAGCUCACUCUUACCGGUUUGGAACCUGGAAAGAGAUACGAAUUCCGCGUCAAGGCUGUAAACGAGGAAGGAGAAUCCGAACCUUUGCAGACAGAUGUUCCCAUCGUCGCUAAAAAUCCUUAUGAUCCACCUGCUCCGCCUGGUCUACCAGAGAUCAUCGAUUGGGCCGAGAACAUGGUGAAACUGAAGUGGGAGCCGCCAAUUCGAGACGGCGGUGCACCUAUCACAGGAUACAUAAUCGAAAUGAAAGACAAGUUUGGUACCGCCUUUGUAAAGGCUGCAGAGGUCGAUGGUCCAGUUUGUACAGGAACAGUGACCCGACUAGAGGAAGGAAAUCAAUAUCAGUUCAGAGUUCGAGCAGUAAAUAAGGCCGGUCCUGGUGAACCUAGCGAGGCUACCAAUCCUCACACUGCUAAGGCUCGUUGGCUGAAACCAUUCAUCGAUCGUACCAAUUUGCAACCGAUAACUGUAAAAGUUGGUCUCACCGUAACCUUGGACGUGAAUAUCAUUGGUGAGCCACCACCAAAUGUAACUUGGUACUUUAAAGAGAAAGAACUUAAGUCGGACGAUACGAUCCGUAUCGACAACAUUGACUACAAUAGCAAAUUCUUCAUCCUGAAGACUAAGAGGGCUCAUACCGGAAAAUACGUAAUUAAAGCAAAGAACGAAGUAGGCGAGGACAGUGCCGAUGUCGAAAUAAUCGUCAUCGGUAAACCAAGCAAACCAAAAGGUCCUCUCGAAAUCUCCGACGUGAAUAAACACGGUUGCAAAUUGAAAUGGGAGAAACCCGACGACGACGGCGGUGUGCCAGUCGAAUACUAUGAGAUCGAGAAGUUGGAUCCUCUUACCGGACAAUGGAUUCCUUGUGCGAAAUCCGUGGAACCGGAAGUUACGGUAACCGGACUCCAGGAAGGCAAGCCGUACAAAUUCCGUGUGAAAGCGGUAAAUCGCGAAGGUGAAUCCGACGACUUGGAAGCGGACAAGUCUAUCAUAGCUAAAAAUCCGUUCGACGAGCCUGGCAAACCUGGUCGUCCAGAAAUCAGAAACUGGGACAAGGACUUCGUUGACCUUGAAUGGACAGCACCGAAAGACGACGGCGGUGCUCCAAUUGAGAAAUAUAUUGUACAGAUGAGAGACAAAGAAGGACGGCAAUGGAUAGACGUUGCUAAUGUUCUUGGAGAUCGCACUACUGCCAAGGUCACCGAUGGCAUCCAGGAAGGUCACGAAUACGAGUUCAGAGUAGUUGCUGUCAAUAGAGCCGGACCCGGUGAACCCAGCGAUACCUCGAAGAGCGUUGUGGCUAAGCCGCGAUUCUUGGCACCACGUAUCGAUCGCAAAAACCUACAGAAGAAGAUUAUGCGAACGGGACAAAUGUUACGAAUCGAAGCAGAUAUACAAGGUGAACCACCACCAGUCAUUACUUGGAAGCUCAAGGACGCUGUGCUUAAGAGCAUGGACCGUCUUAAGAUCGAAAAUGAAGACUAUCACACCACCUUCAUUAUAAGCAAAUUACAGAGAUCGGAUGCUGGAACUUACACUGUUAUUGCCAAGAACGACAGCGGCACCGAUCAAGUCGAUGUCGAGCUCCAGGUAUUGAGCAAACCUGGCAAACCAAAGGGACCGCUCGAGGUGUCAGACGUGACCGCAGAGGGAUGCAAAUUGAAAUGGGACAAACCCGACGACGACGGUGGCGAGCCAGUCGAUCAUUAUGUCAUCGAAAGGAUGGACGUUGAUACCGGAAGGUGGGUACCUUGUGGCACGAGCAAGACUCCAGAAGCAGAAAUCACCGGCCUCAACGAAGGCAAAGACUACAUGUUCCGCGUGAAGGCUGUCAAUUCCGAAGGUGAAUCCGAACCAUUGGAGACGGCGAUUCCAACCACUGCCAAGAACCCUUACACCGAGCCAGACGCCCCAGGCAAGCCGGAUCUAAAGGAUUGGUCGAAGCACCACGUAGACUUAAAGUGGAAAGCGCCAAAGAAGGAUGGCGGUGCGCCGAUCGAGAAGUACAUCAUCGAAAAGAAAGAUCAAUACGGCAAAUGGCAGAAGGCGGCUGAAGUUCCUGGAAACAAAACAGAAGGCAGAGUCGAGGAUCUCGUCGAAGGACAGAAGUAUCAGUUCCGUGUGAAAGCGGUGAACAAAGGUGGUCAGAGCAAACCCAGUGAACCAAGCGACAGUCUAGUAGCCAAGGAUCGUUACGCAGCACCGAAGAUAGAUCGUACCAACUUGAAAGAUCUAACGAUCAAAGCUGGCACUCACAUUCGAUUAGACGUGAAAGUUACCGGUGAACCACCUCCAACGAAAACAUGGUUCUUGAACAAAGCCAAACAGGAGUCUGCUGGCGCGGUGACCAUCGAAUUGGAAGAUUACAAAACCAAGUUCUUGGUAUCGUCCGCUAGCAGAGCUCACACUGGCACGUUGACGCUGAAAGCAGAGAACAGCUCUGGAAAAGAUGAAGCGUCGAUCGAGAUUUUGGUCUUGGACAAACCUAGCAAACCAGAAGGCCCGCUUAAAGUAUCCGACGUGCACAAAGAAGGAUGCACACUGAAAUGGAAUCCACCCCUGGAUGAUGGUGGCACACCGCUGGAUCAUUACGUGGUCGAAAAAAUGGACACGGAAACAGGAAGGUGGAUUCCAGUGGGACGCACGAAGGAACCUACUAUGGUAGUGGAAAAUUUGGUACCUGGUCAGGAAUACAAGUUCCGAGUUAGCGCUGUGAAUGCUGAAGGCGAAUCGGAACCUUUGGAAACUGAACACGGAAUCGUAGCCAAGAAUCCCUUCGACGAACCUGGGCCGCCUGGUCGACCAGAGGCAACCGAUUGGGACAAGGAUCACAUAGACCUAAGAUGGACUCCACCCUUAACCGAUGGUGGAUCUCCAAUCACUGGAUACAUAAUUGAGAAGCGCGAGAAAGACAGUCCACGAUGGAUAAAGGCUUGCGAAACCGGACCUGAUUGCAAAGGACGCGUCGAUAAUCUCGACGAGGGUGUCGAGUAUGAGUUCCGCGUGAAAGCUGUUAACAUUGCUGGUCCCGGUGAACCAUCCGAAACCAGCAAACCGAUUACAGCCAAGAGUCGACGACUUGCACCUAAGAUCGACAGAAAGAACUUACGCGACAUCACAGUACGCGAGAACGAAGGAUUCCACUUCGACGUGAAAAUCAUCGGUGAACCACCGCCAGAUGUUACAUGGGUUCUCAACAACAAGAGCAUUCAACAAACAACGUUCCGCAGGAUACAGAACGUUCCAUACAAUACCAAGUUCUUUAACGACAAACCCGAACGAAAAGACAGCGGCAUUUAUAAGAUCACAGCUGUCAAUCAGUAUGGAUCCGACACUGCGGAAGUCGAAGUCACCGUUGUCUCUAAACCUGCCAAACCAGAAGGACCACUGGAAGUGUCCGAUAUUCACGCAGAAGGAUGCACGCUCAAGUGGAAGAAACCAAAGGACGACGGUGGAGAACCCAUCGAGGGAUACCUCGUGGAGAAAUUCGAUCCAGACACUGGUGUUUGGUUACCAGUCGGCAAGACGACAGGACCGGAAAUGAAGGUGGAAGGACUGACACCUGGACACGAAUACAAGUUCAGAGUGAAGGCGCUUAACAAAGAAGGAGAAUCGGAACCACUGGAAACAUUCAGCUCGAUUGUAGCGAAAGAUCCAUUCACUGUACCAAGUCCUCCUGGUGCGCCGGAACCAGUCGAUUGGACCGCCAACCAGGUUGAGCUUACAUGGAAAGAACCGGUCAGCGAUGGUGGAUCACCCAUUACCGGCUACAUCAUCGAAAAGAAAGACAAAUACAGUACAAUGUGGGAAAAGGCUUUGGAAAUCGAAGUACCGACCACGAAAGGUCUGGUUCACGGGCUCAUCGAGGGUAACGAUUAUCUGUUCCGCGUGAUAGCUGUGAACAAAGCCGGGCAGUCAGAGCCCAGCGAUACCAGCAAGACGUUCACCGCUAAACCACGCUAUCUGGCACCCAAGAUCGAUCGGCGCAAUCUGCGUGACGUUACUCUGUCGGCUGGUUCGUUACUGAGAUUCGAUGCUAAUGUGAUCGGCGAGCCUCCACCACACAUCGAGUGGCGAUACGGAGCUAUUCCUCUGCAUUCCGAUAGGAAAGUGCAGAUAGACAAUUCCGAUUAUAGCACCAAAUUCAGCAUUCGUCCUGUGUCGCGCGACGACAGCGGCGAUUACAGUGUCACAGCCACCAAUUCCUCUGGAAGGGAUUCCGUCACCAUACAAGUCACAGUCACGGACAAACCAAUGCCACCGGAAGGUCCGCUUCAAGUAACGGAUGUUCACAAAGAGGGAUGCAAGUUGAAAUGGAAGAGACCGAAAGACGAUGGUGGCACCCCGAUCGAGUAUUAUCAAGUGGACAAAAUGGACCCAGAGACUGGAUGCUGGGUGCCUUGCGGCCGAUCUACCGAACCUAACCUGGAGGUAAGUGGACUGACACCGGGCAAAGAAUAUCUGUUCCGAGUUAGCGCGGUAAAUGCCGAGGGAGAGUCUAAACCUCUGGAAGCGGAACAAACGAUCAUAGCUAAGAAUCCAUUCGACGAACCAGAUAAACCAGGCGAUCUGCGUGUUACCGAUUGGGACAAGGACCACGUCGAUCUCGCAUGGACACCGCCAGCGAACGACGGUGGCUCGCCUAUUACUGGCUACAUAAUCGAGAAGAAAGACAAAUACGGCGAAUGGGAGAAGGCCGUAGAGGUACCAGCGGAUGAAACGUCAGCCACUGUCCCUGACUUGAUAGAAGGCCAGCCUUACGAGUUCCGCGUGCGAGCCGUAAACAAGGCUGGCCCUGGCGAACCUUCGGAUCCGACGCCAACGAUCAUUGCCAAGCCGCGAAACCUAGCACCGAAGAUCGAUCGUACGAAUUUGGUAGAGGUCAGAAUCAAAGCUGGUCAAAACUUCAGCUUCGACGUGAAGGUUUCGGGUGAACCUCCUCCAACCACGAAAUGGAUGUUGGGAAAACGCGAGGUGCGACCGACAGAGCGUAUAAAAGUAAAACACGUGGAUUACAACACGACUCUCAGCGUCAGAAAUGCUACCAGAGCGGAAUCUGGAAGAUACACUAUCACCGCCGAGAAUAUAAAUGGCAUGGACGAAGCAGUUGUCAAGGUAACGGUUCUGGACAAACCGAGUCCACCUCAAGGACCGCUCAGAGCAUCUGACGUGCACGCGGAAGGAUGCAAAUUAUCGUGGAAACCACCGGAAGACGACGGUGGCCAACCAAUCGACAAAUACGUUGUGGAAAAGAUGGACGAAGCGACUGGUCGCUGGGUACCUGCAGGAGAGACGGACGGACCGCAGACCUCGUUGGAUGUUGAAGGGCUUACGCCAGGUCAUAAGUACAAGUUCAGAGUCCGCGCGGUUAAUAAGCAAGGCAAAUCAGAACCGCUCACGGCUAUGCAGGGCAUCGAAGCGAAGAAUCCAUUCGACGAGCCGGGAAAACCUGGCACUCCGACCGUCAGCGACUACGACUCGGACUUUGUCGAACUUCAAUGGGAUCGUCCGCAAGAAGAUGGUGGUUCACCUAUUACUGGUUACAUCAUAGAGAAACGAGACAAAUACAGUCCUACCUGGGAGAAAUGCGCAGAAGUCGAGGGUGACGUAAAUCGUGGAAGAGUGCCCGAUCUCGUGGAGGGCACGCAUUAUGAAUUCCGCGUUAGGGCUGUUAACAAAGCUGGCCCCGGUGAACCCUCUGACGCUUCUAAAUCUCACUUGGCUCGACCUAAGAACCUUGCACCGAAGAUCGACAGGAAGUACAUGCUGGACGUAAAAGUAAAAGCCGGUGGCUUCUACGACUUCGACGUUCCUGUAAUCGGCGAACCGCCACCAACCAAACAAUGGUCGCUGAAGGGCACGAUACUCGUGCCAAGCGAUCGCAUCAAGAUCAUAAACGAAGACUACAACACCAAAGUUCGCGUGAUCGAAGCGAAACGUUCCGAUGCAGGCGUGUACACUCUGGAAGCGAAGAACAUCAACGGCAAAGACACUGCUACCUUAACUGUGAACGUCCUCGACAUUCCAGCACCACCGGAAGGACCUUUAAGGAUCGACAACGUGACAAAGAACGGUUGCGACCUGAAAUGGCGCCCACCGAAAGACGAUGGUGGUUCAGAAAUUCUAUAUUACCAGGUGGAGAAAAUGGAUACAGAGAACAUGAGAUGGGUGCCAGUAGCGGAAGCUUCCUCGACUUAUGCACACGUGGAUCACCUGAUCGAAGGCCACGACUAUCAGUUCCGUGUGCGUGCGGUAAACAAGCAAGGUGAAUCGUUGCCGCUCACUGGUAUGGAUACCAUUACUGCGAAAGAUCCGUACGACAAGCCUGACAAACCUGGAACACCUGUUGCCACUGAUUGGGACAAGGAUCACGUCGACUUGGAAUGGACACGACCGAAAAAAGAUGGUGGUUCACCUAUUACGGGAUAUAUCAUCGAAAAGAAACCUCGUUUUGGCACGUGGGAGAAGGCUUUGGAAAUCGAUGGAACUAAAACUAGCGCCAGGGUACCAGAUCUUGUUGAAGGACAAGAAUAUGAGUUUAGGGUCAUCGCUGUUAAUAAAGCUGGUCCUGGCGAGCCAUCCGAAGCUUCUUCCCCUAUCGUUGCAAAACCACGUUUCCUUGCUCCAUCCUUUGAUCCACAUGCACUGAGCGACUUGGUUGUUCGAGCUGGACAGAAGAUUAGCUACAUCAUCCCUAUCCAAGCAUCGCCUAAACCUACGGCCACUUGGACCCUGGACGGAGAGGUGAUUAUGGCCGACUCUCGCCAUGAAAUGUACACUACUCAUACCGAAACCACCUUUGAGAUUCCAUUCUCUGUUCGCUCUGACACUGGCCGUUACGCUCUCACUUUGGAGAACGAGCACGGGAAAUUCAGUUCAAGCGCCAGAGUCACCGUCCUCGAUAGGCCAUCACCACCACAGAAACCGCUCGAGAUCAGCAAAAUCACCAAGGAAGGUUGUCACUUGGCUUGGGGCCAUCCAUUGGACGAUGGUGGCAGCCCCAUAUUGCACUAUAUUAUCGAAAAAAUGGAUCUGUCGCGAGGCACUUGGUCCGAUGCUGGCAUGAGCACGAUAUUGAGCCACGAAGUAGCGCGACUGACGCAUCGCAAGGAGUAUCUCUUCCGUGUGAAAGCUGUCAACACCAUUGGAGAAUCCGAUCCUCUCGAAGCACCAAAGAGUAUCAUCGCUAAGAAUUUGUUCGACGAACCCGACGCUCCUGGAAGACCACAGAUCACAGACUGGGACAGAGAUCACGUCGAUCUGCAAUGGCCAGCACCAAGCAGCGAUGGUGGUUCUCCCAUUACAGAAUACAUCGUCCAGAAGAAAGAAAAGGGUAGUCCAUACUGGGUCAACGCGGUUCACGUUCCACCAAAUCAGACAAAUACAACUGUUCCUGACUUAACGGAAGGACAAGAAUACGAAUUCCGUGUAAUUGCUGUUAACGCUGCUGGACAAUCAGAGCCAUCAGAGCCGAGCGAUCUCAUCACUGCCAAACCUCGUUACUUGGCUCCAAAGAUCAAGACGCCUUUGCAAGAUAUUCGAAUCAAGGCUGGUCUCAUCUUCCACGUCGACAUCGACUUCGUCGGUGAACCAACUCCGGAGGUUACCUGGACAGUUGGAAGUCGCGAUCUACUGACCACCGAUAGAACAACUGUUACCUCGAUCGGUUAUCACACCAUUGUUCACACUGUUAACGCUCAAAGAUCCGAUUCCGGAUUGUAUCACUUGUUGUUGAAGAACAGCAGCGGAAUAGACGAAGGUAGCUUCCAAGUUAUCGUUCUCGACAGACCUGGCCCACCAGAAGGUCCUCUGCAGUACGAAGAAAUCACAAGCCAGUCGGUUACCUUGUCGUGGAAACCACCUAAAGAUAACGGUGGUAGCGAAAUCACUGGAUACGUAAUCGAGAAACGUGACUUGACCCAUGGUGGUGGCUGGGUACCAGCUGUCACUCACGUCAAUCCCAAGUAUAAUCACGCUACAGUACCGAGAUUGCUGGAAGGUACGACUUACGAGUUCAGGGUAUGCGCGGAGAAUCUUCAAGGCCGCUCAGAACCUUUGACUACAGAUCACUCGAUCGUCGCCAAGAACCAAUUCGUUGUACCUGGACAACCUGGAAAGCCAGAAUGUGUCGACGCGGACAAAGACCACAUCAAGAUCAAAUGGUUGGCACCGAUCAGCAACGGUGGAUCGAAGAUCAUCGGUUACGACGUGGAACGGCGCGAUCGCGCAACUGGCCGCUGGUUGAAAUUGACCAAAGAGCCAGCGAGAUAUGCUGAAUAUUAUGACGACCAUGUGACCGAAGGUCAUCAAUACGAAUACCGAGUAACUGCUAUAAACGCCGCUGGCGCGGGCAAACCUAGCGACACGUCCUCCGUAUUCAUCGCGAAACCGAUGAAAGAGAAACCGAAAUUGAAUUUGGACGCGCUGAUUGGACGCAAGAUCAAGGUGCGUGCCGGAGAACCCAUCAAUGUUAACAUUCCAUUGUCCGGAGCGCCAACUCCCACUAUCGAAUGGACCAAAGACUCGAGGCCUCUCCUCGAAACUCUUCGAAUAUCGACCGAAACCAAGAGCGAUCGCACGAAUUUGUUGGUCGAAAAAUCGGUCCGGGAAGAUGGCGGUAUUUACACAGUCACAGCGACGAACGAGCAUGGAAAAGAUUCAGCCGACAUCGAGGUUAUCGUGGUCGAUAGACCAGGACCACCUCAAGGUCCCCUACAAUACACUGGCACCACGCAGGAAUCCGUGUCCUUAUCCUGGAACAAACCUCUGGAUGAUGGUGGAUCCGACGUCACCAACUACAUCGUUGAGGUAUCUGAGUAUGGAGCCGAUAACUGGCGUCAAACACCAGGAUACUGUCCAAGAACAAGCUACACCGCCAAAGGUCUUACCGAGGGCAAGAAAUACGUGUUCAGAGUGCGAGCUGAAAAUAUGUACGGUGUGUCUGAACCACUGGAAGGCAAACCAGUCGUCGCCAAGAGUCCAUACGAUCCACCAGACGCGCCUAGUCAACCCGAAAUCCUUGGAUACACACCCAACAGCUGUAGUCUUUUGUGGAAUCCACCACUCAAUACUGGUGGCAAGCCUAUUACCGGAUAUUACGUGGAAAGACGAGAACGGGGUGGCGAAUGGCUCAAAGUCAACAACUAUCCAACUCCGAAUACGACAUUCACGGUGCAAGAUCUUCACGAAGGAUCUAAAUACGAAUUCAGAGUUAUUGCCGUCAAUGAAGCUGGACCUGGUAAACCCAGUAAACCGACUGAACCUAUUACUGCUGGACAUCAACGUUUGCGUCCUGAUGCUCCCGAACCACCGAAACCUGACAGGAUAACGAAAGAUUCUGUAACGUUGAGCUGGCGACCACCACGUAGCGACGGUGGUGCUAAGAUCAGAGGCUACAUUGUCCAAAUGAAGCAGAGAGGUCAGGACGAAUGGGACGACGUUAAUGGCGCUCUGAUACCGACCAACGUGUACACGGUACCGAAACUCACCGAAGGCGAGGAGUACCUCUUCAGAGUGAUCGCAGUGAACGAUGUCGGUAAUAGCGAUCCAAGCAGACCAAGUAAUCCCAUCGUUAUCGAGGAACAACCCAACAAACCUGUCAUGGACCUCGGAGGAGUUCGCGACAUCACUGUUCGCGCUGGUGAGGACUUCUCCAUUCACGUGCCUUACAUUGGCUUCCCCAAACCCACUGCCACAUGGUUUGCUAACGAUGUUAUCAAGGAUGAGACAGAUCCGCGUGUACAUCAACAAUUGGGCGACGACUAUGCUAGUCUUGUGGUAAAGAAUGCGAAACGUUCGGACGGUGGACAGUACCGUCUACAGUUACGCAACUCUUCCGGCUUCGACACCGCCACGGUAAACGUUAAGGUUCUGGACCGUCCAAAUCCACCUGUGAAUCUUCACGCUGAUGAAUUUGGAGGAGAUGCUCUCACGCUGUUCUGGAACCCACCGAAAGACAAUGGAGGCGCCGAUAUCACCAACUACGUCGUUGAGAGACGAGAAUCAAGGGGCACGUGGUCCAAGGUGAGCAGCUAUGUGACGACACCGUUCUGUCGAGUAAGGAAUCUGACAGUCGGAAACAUGUACGAAUUCCGCGUGAUGGCUGAAAAUCAAUACGGUACCUCGGAUCCUGUAACCACGAUGGAUCCGAUCAAGGCCAGGCAUCCAUUCGAUCCACCUGGAGCACCUGGAACUCCGAAAGGCGUUGAAACGACAGAGGAUAGCAUUACUAUUACUUGGACCAAACCUCGUCACGAUGGAGGUUCACCUAUCCUUGGUUAUGUCAUCGAGAAGCGUCUGUUGAGCGAAGACAAAUGGACGAAAGCCACACCAUCUCUCGUUCAUGAGACUACUUAUAGAGUAACUGGUCUGAUAGAAAAUCACGAUUAUGAAUUCCGCGUCGCGGCAGAGAAUGCUGCUGGACGAGGACCAUGGAGUUCCAACUCUGACGUGAUUAGAGCCAGUGCACCACCAUUCCCACCAAAGAUCACGUCCGACCUCAGCAUCCGUGACAUGACUGUGAUUGCCGGAGAACCGUUCACGAUAACCGUUCCUUACACAGCGAAUCCAAAACCAAGACCAAGCUGGUCCAUCAACGGCGAGGAAGUCCUUACAGGCGAAAGAAUCAAAUUCGAUACGACGGAUGUCGCCUCACAAUUCAUUAACAAGAAAGCCAAGAGAUCCGAUACUGGAACGUACACGAUCUACCUUACGAACACUGUCGGCACUGAUUCUGCUUCGUGCAAGGUUCUCGUUGUAGACAAACCAUCUCCACCGCAAGGACCACUUGAUAUUUCUGAUAUCACUCCUGAAACUUGUACGUUGUCUUGGAAACCUCCGUUCGACGAUGGUGGCUCACCCGUUACAAAUUACGUCGUUGAAAAACUGGAUCCGGCUGGCUAUUGGGUGAAACUCAGCAGUUUUGUAAGAAACACUCAUUACGACGUAAUCGGUCUUGAACCCAACCGUACGUAUAACUUCCGUGUCCGUGCGGAGAACCAGUACGGAAUAUCAGAACCAUUGCAAGCCGAUGAACCGAUUACCGCGAAAUUCCCAUUCACGGUGCCCGAACCUCCUGGACAACCACGUGUUAUCGAUUGGGAUACGUCGAACGCGACCGUUGUAUGGACCCGUCCAAUAUCCGAUGGUGGAUCUCGUAUUCAGGGUUACAAGAUCGAAUUCCGCGAUCCUGCGGACGAUGCCACAUGGAGAGUGGCGAACGACUACCUGGUCAAAGACACCACCUACAUUUGUUACAAUUUACUGAGCGGUCACGAAUACGAGUUUAGAAUACGCGCAAAGAACGCAGCUGGCUUCAGCAAACCUAGCGCGCCAUCGGCACCGUUCAAACUGAAGAGCAAAUUCAACGUGCCUUCACCACCAGGCACGCCACAGGUCGUGAAGGUUGGCAAGAACUACGUCGAUCUCAAGUGGGAAGCUCCGAUUUCCGACGGAGGCAGCCGCAUCACCGGUUACGUGAUCGAGAAACGCGAAGUCGGAAGCGCGCUUUGGGCAAAAUGCAACGAAUACAACGUCACCGACACAGAGUACACUGUUCUACAUCUGAUCGAACGGGGAGAUUACGAAUUCCGAAUCUUCGCGGUGAACGCUGCGGGAAGAUCCGAACCAAGUUCUUGCACCACGCCCGUCAAGAUCUGCGAGGUGGAAGGUGGCGAGAAGCCAGAAUUCGUCAGAACUCUGCCAAUCAGCACGAACGUACCGCUCGGCAAAACUCUGGUCCUCGAAUGCGAGGCCACGGGAAAACCACAACCGACCGCAAGGUGGCUGAAGAAUGGCAGAGAGAUCACGAUCGGCGGUCGUUUCCGCACGGAGGCGUUCGACGGAAUCUACAGGCUCGUCAUAUCCGAAGUCACGGACGCAGACGACGGCGACUACAGCUGUCAGAUCUCAAACCCACUCGGUCUGGCUACGACUACAGGUCGAUUAAAGAUCGGUUCCCCGCCUCGUAUCGAGCGCAUGCCGGAUACCCUGUACCUGGCUGAAAACGACAACACGAAGAUCAAGAUCUACUACAGUGGCGACCAACCGAUGGAUAUUACUCUAAAGAAAGACGGUCGCAAGGUGGUGGAAACGAGUCACAUCAAGUACACCGUGUUCGACGAGUACCUCAUCAUCUUCAUCAAGGACAUUCAGAAAGACGAUGCUGGAGUAUACGAUCUUUCGAUCUCGAACGACAGCGGUAGCGUCAGUGGUUCGUUCAACGUGUACAUCACUGGACUACCUGGACCACCGACCGAACCUCUCGACGUCACAGAUAUCGAUAAACACACUUGCACUCUGACCUGGCGACCUCCUAAGUACGACGGUGGUCUUCGCGUCACUCAUUACGUCGUCGAACGUCGCGACGUCAGUCACACUCACUGGAUCAUCGUUUCCUCCUUCUGCAAGGAUUGUUCCUUCAUGGUACAGGGUCUGACCGAAGGACAAGAGUAUCUGUUCCGCGUGAUGGCCGUAAACGACAACGGAAUGGGACCUCCGCUCGAGGGAACCAAUCCUAUCAAGGCCAAGGCGCCAUUCGAUCCUCCUGGCCCUCCAGGAACGCCAAAGGUCACCGAGGUUGGCGGAGACUUCGUAAAUCUCUCGUGGGAGAAACCAGAAUCGGACGGUGGCUCGAAGAUACAAGGCUACUGGAUCGACAAGCGCGAAGUCGGCAGCCAAGCCUGGCAGCGCGUGAACGUCGUUAUUUGUCUACCCACUCAAAUCAACAUCAGCAACCUGAUCGAAGGAAGGCAGUACGAGUUCCGUGUGUUCGCUCAAAACGCUGCUGGUCUCGGACCAGAAUCGAAGGCCUCGACUUCCGUGAAGAUCACCGACCCUCAGGCAGCCAAAGCUCCGGAAGUGAUUCUACCUUUGCACAAGGUCAGCUGCGUGCAAAACCACAAUGCUCACUUCCAGUGCAAGAUCGUUGGUAUCCCGAAACCCACGAUCACGUGGUUCAAGGGAGCUCGCGAGAUCGUCAGUGGAUCUCGAUACAACAUAUAUUCGGAGGGCGACACGCACAACCUGAUCAUCCACGAUGUGUUUGGAGAGGACGCGGAUGAAUACGUCUGCCGCGCUGUGAACAAAUGCGGCGUCAAAUCGACUAAGGGCGAACUUCUGAUCAAGACACCACCGAAAUUGAACGUACCGCCGAGGUUCAGAGACACUGCAUUCUUCGACAAAGGUGUCAACGUGGUUAUAAAGAUUCCAUUCACCGGAUAUCCGAAACCAAAGAUCACCUGGGUCAGAGAAGGAGAGACGAUCGAAUCUGGCGGACACUAUACCGUGGAGGUGAAGGAAAGACACGCUGUUCUUACCAUCAUAGACGGUAGCCGUAUCGAUUCAGGACCUUAUCGAAUCACUGCUGAGAACGACAUGGGUCAAGACACAGCGAUCAUCAAGAUCCAAAUCAGCGACAGACCAGAUCCUCCGAGAUUCCCACAGGUGGACAAUAUUGGUCACGACUCGUUGGCUCUGACCUGGAAACCACCAGUUUGGGACGGUGGUAGCAACAUCACUAAUUACCUUGUCGAAAAACGCGAACAUCCGAUGACCAGCUGGAUCAGAGUCGGCAACACCAGAUUCUGCUCUAUGGCGGUUACUGGCCUCAGUCCUGGACAUCAAUACGACUUCCGAAUUUGCGCUGAGAACAUUUACGGAAGAUCUGACCCGAGUGAAGUCACGCCGUUGAUCACGACAAAGGGAACGAUCAAGAGGGAAUUCAAACAGAAAGAAUACAAGGUGGAUGAGACGGGCAAGAAGAUCCGCGGACGAAGCGACGAGAAGCCACGAGAUUACGAUCAAUUCGUGUUCGAUAUCUAUAGCAAAUACGUUCCACAGCCGGUUGAAAUUAAACACAUCUCGGUGUAUGACAGAUACGAUAUUCUUGAAGAGAUUGGAACUGGCGCGUUUGGUGUGGUCCAUCGUUGUCGCGAGAGAGCUACUGGAAACAUAUUCGCGGCUAAGUUUAUCCCUGUGUCUCAUGCAAUGGAAAAGGAACUUAUCAGGAAGGAAAUCGAUAUAAUGAAUCAACUGCAUCAUCCCAAGUUGAUCAAUCUUCAUGACGCGUUCGAGGACGAUGACGAGAUGGUCUUGAUCUUCGAGUUCUUGUCCGGUGGUGAACUCUUCGAGAGAAUCACAGCGGAAGGUUACACCAUGUCCGAGGCUGAAGUUAUCAACUAUAUGAGACAGAUCUGCGAAGCUGUGAAACAUAUGCACGAGAAAAAUAUUAUACAUCUAGACAUCAAACCUGAGAACAUCAUGUGCCAGACACGCAACAGCACCAAUGUCAAACUGAUCGAUUUUGGUUUAGCUACGAAACUCGAUCCUAACGAAGUGGUGAAGAUCAGUACCGGCACGGCGGAAUUUGCUGCGCCUGAAAUUGUCGAACGCGAACCUGUUGGUUUCUACACGGACAUGUGGGCUUGCGGUGUUCUGGCCUACGUUUUAUUGAGCGGACUUUCGCCGUUUGCCGGGGACAACGACAUCGAAACUCUGAAGAACGUUAAGGCCUGCGACUGGGACUUUGACGAAGAAGCGUUCCGCGACGUCUCCGAAGAAGGCAAGGACUUCAUUAGGCGGUUGCUCGUCAAGAACAAAGAGAAACGUAUGACUGCCCAUGAAUGUCUCCUUCAUCCAUGGUUAACCGGUGAUCACAGCAACCGUACAACACCAAUUGCAACCAGUCGAUACCUGAACUUCAGAGACAGACUGCGAGCCAAAUACGAGAACUGGGACAAAUACGUUCUUCCCAUUGGACGGCUAGCCGAAUAUUCUUCGCUCAGAAAAUUGUUGAUCGAAAAGUACAAGAUCUACGAUUCCUCGUUCGAUCGGCGACAAGCGGCACCUAGAUUCGUCAUUAAACCGACGAGUGCGUUUGCCUACGAAGGACAGAGCGUGAAGUUCACGUGCCGCGUAAUCGCGAUCGCCUCUCCCACUCUCACGUGGUUCCACAACAAUCAGGAACUCAGACAAUCGGUGAAAUUCAUGAAACGAUAUCACGGCGAUGAUUACACGUUCAUCAUCAACAGAGUGAAACUAGAGGACAGAGGAGAGUACGUGAUCAGGGCAGAGAAUCAUUACGGCUACAGAGAAGAGGUCGUUUUCCUGAACGUGCAACCGCUACCUAAGGAGAUUCCAAAAUACAGACCAGAACUGCAUCCAGUCCGAAGGAGAGAACCGCUCGGUUAUAAUGUCUGGUUGGAGACGAUCGAAUCGGCGCCAAGCUUCACCUUCCUCCUUCGACCACGUGUCAUUCAAGUCAGACAAACGUGCAAACUCCUUUGCUGUCUCGCUGGCAAUCCACCACCGACGGUGAAAUGGUACAAAGACAGGGAGGAGCUCUCCAAGCAUCACUACGCGAUGACAAACUCGGACGGUGUCGUCACGAUGGAAAUCAUCGACUGCAAACCUGAAGACAGCGGCAAAUAUCGUUGUAUCGCGACGAACAAACAUGGAAAGGAUGAAACCAGCUGCGUAGUCAUCGUUGAAGGCACUGGAGAAACAGAGGAGCAACUGAAAUUGGCGCACGACCUCCUACAUUCCGGAGAUCGAAAAUUCAUCGAGCAGCCGCUGAAACCAGCACCACCUCCGAUCAUAACGGUACACAAAGCCGGUGGAUACAGUGGAUACAGUUCCACUACCACACAGGGUCAUAAUUACAGUAGCUCUACCACCAAUAAAUACAAUUCCUCGAGUUCAUCUUCCUAUAAAGCUACAGACUCCAGCACAGAGAAGCGAAAUACCAAGAAAUACGGACUCGAUAGCACCGGUAGUCCAUCUCGAUCUAGAAGUACGACAAAGGAAUUAAUCUAUCCUCCGGAUGACUCGAUGAGAGCACCGCAAUUCACGAAAAAAUUGAGCGAUCUUACUAUCAAUGAUGGAGAACAGCUGGAGCUUAACGUAAACGUUGACGGUGAUCCAGAGCCACAAGUCACCUGGUCCAAGAAUGGCAAGACGCUGAGUUCGUCGGAAAUUAUGAGCUUGAAGUACAAAGGCGGAGUCGCGACUCUCGUUAUCAAUGAGGUAUUCCCUGAGGAUGAGGGUGAAUAUACUUGCCAAGCAAGCAAUAGCAUCGGCACCGUAACUACCUCCUGCAAAUUAACCGUGAAACCCAUGGCAAAUGCAGCCGCGAAGAAAAAGACCGAUGACAAGCCUCCAAAGAUCGUAGAUCACGUAACCAGCAUGUUCGUAAAGGAUGGCGAAGCCGUGACCUUGAGCUGUCGAAUAAUCGGCGCGAAGAAAUUCGACGUAAUCUGGCUUCACAACAACAAGGAAAUCAAACCUAGCAAGGACUUCCAGUACAGCAGCGAGGCUAAUAUCUAUAAACUGAACAUUGCCGAAAUCUUCCCUGAAGACUCUGGCACUUAUACCUGCGAGGCAUUCAAUGACGCAGGAGAGAGCUUCUCAUCGUGCACAUUAAACGUACUUGUUCCAAAUGAGGAACCGAAGAGUCCAGUCUUCACGACAUUCCCACAAUCUGCAACGGUAAGCGAAGGCGAAUCGGUUACAUUCGUAUGCAAGACUGAAACCGCGCCUCUGAAAGUAACGUGGUUGAAAGACGGAAAAGCGCUCCCAGAAUCUAGUAGCAGGUACCUCUUCAGUUCAGACGGUGACAAAUCGUUCGAGUUGCGUAUCAAAGCAUGUACAGCCAGCGACGUGGGUCAGUAUGUUGCUCGCGCGAUCGGCAAGAAGGGUGAGACCAAUGCUGCUUUCGCCCUGAACGUUACCAACGAAUAAUGAAAUCGUUGAUUUCGCGCGUGUCAAAACGCAACACGACAAGCUUCUAGAAUAUUAUCGGGAGGACAACAAUACGAGAAAAAAAAAACUGUAAAAAUGAACUAUAUAAAUGUGCGACUUGAAAAUAAUCGCGGUCAUAGGCGACGUAACGCUCGUGUAUAAAAGAGAAAUUGGAAAACUAUUGUAUUCAUGCUAUUCUAUAUGUAAAUUACCUUACUUUUUGUGUGCUUAUCAUAUCGCAAAAAAAAUCAUGUCAUUAUAUGAUGAAAGAAGAAUCUAAAGUGUUAAGCAAUACGGAUAGCACGCGCAAUCUAUACGCUAAUACGAGCUUUGCUGUAUACACGAAUUUGCAUAUUUUAAGUACACAAUCGUACACAAACGGCAGUUAAAUUACAAACAGGAAACUUUCGCAAUAGUCAGACUCAGCAGGAUAACCAGCAUCCUCGUACGUUAAAACAACAAUAACCAAUCUUGCUAGAUGACUAUACGAAAGAGUUUAACACUGCCGAAAUGUACAUCCUUAUUCCAUGUAAUCGUACGCACUGUCGUGUUAUACAUGUUUGAAGACUGCUUCCGUUACAAAAUUUCAGAUAAAUAAAAAAGAUAAUUCAAAUAUAAAA